AUGCUGCCACGCCAUACAAUAUCAACAGGAGCGGGCGAGCGCUCCUUUCCCAGGCGUUGGCGCCACGGCGAGCGAAAGGGACGGCGGAUGCACCUCGAAAUAACCCCACGAUUUCGUCGUAGUAGACGCAACCAUAGAUCCCAUUUCCGAACGCACGAUAAGGACGCAAGAUGCGCGCUCGAUUUCCGCUCGCCGCGGCCGCAGCGCAGGAGGGGGCGCGCCGCGUGUACCAGGCGCGCAGAAGUGUGCAGGAGCCGAAGCCUUGACCCUGACUGCGGUGGCGUCGACCGGAACGCACGGCGGGCCGCCGCGCGAAUCUCGCUAUUCCCUCUCACCGCCCGGCCGGUGUUGGUCUCUUGGCUGGCGGCCGCCGAAAUCGACGAGAUUCGCGACGCUGCAGCACGCAACCACAAAUCGAUGCAUCAAAGGCGCCGACAGGAGGUGAGAUCGGAGCCCGAACAAUCGUACAUCGAUAUCGACACGCGCCGGCGGCCGGACGUGACGUCACCGCGUGUCCGCGCG